UUUAAAUUAAAUUUUGAGAAAAUGGAUAUAUCAUUUGUAUCUCUUCUCUGCAUGGCGUUUUCCUCGCUUCUUCUUCUCAUGAUCCAAUCCAAAACAGAAGCCGGGAUGGUUGUGAAGUUAUUACACAGCAACUCCUUCAACAAUGACGUCACUCAUGACGCGGUUUCUCCUGUAAUGUCUCGGAGAAGACGAAGCAUCUCUUACUAUGCGACCAUUUCCAUCGGCGACCCGCCGGUUCCGCAUCUAUUGCAGAUCGAUACGACCAGUGCCCUUCUGUGGCUUCAGUGCCGUCCUUGUAGCCAUUGUUACCGUCAAAGGUAUCCCAUCUUUGAUCCCGAGAUAUCGUAUACGUACAAGAAUCAGCCGUGCGAGCCUUCCUAUACGUAUCCUAUCCUCGUUCCUGACGAGAAAACCAUAUCUUGCACGUAUACGGACGAAUACGGGAGCAGUGGCACACUAGCCACUGAAACACUAACCUUUCAGACAACCUACGGCGAUGUCGUGUCCACUUUGGACGACGUUGUCUUCGGCUGCGGCCACGAUAACUACGGAAACUUAGCCAACGGGUUGAGCGGAAUUCUGGGCUUGAGUCACAACAAUCUCUCGAUCAUCCACCGGUUCGGGUCGAGAUUCUCGUACUGCUUCGGUAACGCGAGCGAUUCCUCUUACACAGACAGUAUCCUCGCGCUCGGAGAGGACGAAGCCGUUAUAAUGGGCGACAAGACGCCACUAGAGAUCUUUCGAGGUUUGUAUUACGUUACCCUCGAAGGGAUAAGCAUAGGGGAGAUCAUGCUGGCGAUCGAGCCGUCGGUAUUUCAACGCAAAAUAGACGGAAGACAUGGAACGUUGAUCGAUACCGGCUCGACGCUGGUGUAUCUGUUCAGAGAAGCGUACGAGCCGGUGGGGAAGGAGAUAAGGAACGUUCUAGAGAAGAAAUUCAUGAAAACGCGUCUGCAUUCACGUAGAUUGAUGUGUUACCAUGGAAAUAUACGAAGGGACCUGACUGGUUUUCCUGUGCUGACGUUCCAUUUCUCUGGAGGGGCGGAGCUGUCGAUGGAUAAGGAGAGUCUGUUCUUCAUGAAUGGACCCGACACCUUCUGUUUAUCCAUAGCUUUGGCAAAAAACAUGCUCGACGCGAACAUCAUCGGAGCUGUGGCUCAGCAGUUCUACAAUGUCGGAUAUGAUCUUCAAGCCCUUGUCGUCUCUUUUCAUAAGAUUGACUGUAGUGUUCUUUAGCUUAUUAUAUUUGUUUUACAAAGAAAAAACCGGAAAAGAGUUUGUAUAUAAUUUGAUUAUAUCUCGAAAGCCCAUUACUUGA